UAUUUUUAGUGGAGACAGGGUUUCACUCUAUUAGGCUGGUCUGGAACUCCCGACCUCAGGUGAUCCACCUGCCUUUGUCUCCCAAAGUGCUGGGGUUACAGGCAUGAGUGACGGUGCCCAGCCAUUCAUGACAUGUUUAUACAAAUAUAAUUUUAGCAAAUAUUUAGCAUAACUAUCAAAAUUACAAAUCAUAUUAAAUUUGCAUAAAUGUAUGCAAUUUUUGGAACACGUAUAUCAACAACAUACCCAUAAAUAUAACUGAGAUGAGAUCUAAUGUCACCUCACUUGACAGUGCCCUCCCAUGCAGUAUCGCCACAUUUGACAAUGCCUGCCCAUUUAAUCUACCAAAUAAAUCGAAUCACUUAAUACCUCUACAAGAUGAGAGAUACAUUCUUUAGACUCCCCAAGGGAUGCAGCUGAAAAAAUCCCAAAGUUAGUUUUAAGCCAAAAAGACUUGAUUUAGGAUUUUGACACUGGAGAAACCCAUCAAAGACGUCAAGUUUGAAAACACUUGAUCAAAACAGAAUCACAGGUCACUAUUAAAAGAGUAUUAAUUUAACCAGAGACUUCCAAAGCAAUACAGAAACUUACAUGGAUAGAAACACCUUAACCCUUUUGAAGGUCAGAUUUGCUAAGUGAUCAAAAGGGGUACUUGAAUUGAAUCGACACAGGAAGAGUGUGUACAGGGUUAUGAGUGUAGGCAAAUGGUUACUUUGGUCAUAUCUCCAUUUGCCACCUGAUUACACAUGAGAAUGGCAUCUUUACUCACCAGAAAGCCAGUAUUAUGGGAGGUGUAGGAGGCAUUCUUGGACUUGAGACAAGAACAUUGUUGUGUAGAAAUUUCAUUGACUGUGUUAAAAUUAUUCUCCAUGGGCUGGAGAACACAUAACGUGGCGUUUAGAAUGAGACGGGCAUUGAUUGGAUGCAAGGUCUCCACACUUACUAGCUGUGUGACAUUGGACAAAGUGCUUCAUCAUUCUGAGACUCAGUUUUUAAAGGAUAAACAACUAACUACCUUGCAAGCUUGCUAGCAGGUUUAAGUGUAAUAAUGUGUGGGAAUGACUGCACCGUGACUAACACGUAGUGACAGCUUAAUUAAUGUUAACCCUUAUCAUUAUCAUAUAAGAAUGUGAGUUACAUAAGAGAGGAAUCCUGUCAGUUCGUUCUCUGCUGUGUCCCCAAGACCGUGAAUCAUGGCUGGCACGUAGUAGGCAUUUAAUAAUAUUUGUUCAACAAGUAUUUGGCAGUCUUGGAGGGCAGAAAAGGAGGUGGGGAAGAUUUUUAAAUAACAUUUUUUAAAAAGUCACAUUGUCCUACAAUACCAAUUUUUCUUGCAUAUUUAGGAAAUUGAGGGUUUUUUCCUAAAACAUGCGGACAUAUGGGAAAUAGGAUGCAACAUUUGCACUAAUGUUUCAGACACAGUUAGAGGUUUCCAAGAGAUUUUGCGCUGGGGAGGCUGCUUGCUACAAGCUCCCAAAGCUCUGGGAGGACAUAGUAUUCAUUCCUCCCUCAGCAGAAGCGGUGAGGCAAGAAGCGCUGGGGAGCCCCCAGCCUUGGACUUUUAGCAUAGUGUGUCAGGUCUUCAUAGUUUGGGCCCAGGGCACAGAGAAGUCACAGCUCUCCGGCAUCCUGUGACCUUUACCCUCUUUGCCAAGGGAAAAUGUGGCCCUCCAAAGCAAGAAACUUGAGGGCAUAGGUCACCCCAGCCCUGGCAUCUGCCCAGAGCCCGAGAAGGAAGGAACAAUGAUCCUCCAGCUACCUCAAAGGGCUGGCACAGGUGGCCACUGCCCUGGCAUCACCCAGCUGUGUUCGGCAGCCUGAACCCCAUCUGUGGGGAUGUGAGGAGGAAAAUACAAAAGUCCUUAGGUGAACACUGAGAAGGCAGAUGCAGCAGAAGCCUCCAGGCCGGAACUACCCAGUCUUGGACCUAUGGUGGAGAUAGAGCAUAGGUGGCGAUCAUGUGUCCUUACACUGUAAGGUCACCUGGUUGCACUAUGGCCUCAUCUGUGGCUCUGAAAAUGAAGAUUUGGAAGGAGAUCAUCACAGCUAAUGUUUAACAAGCCCCUCCUGUGUGCCAAAUCAUUCACCCCUCACAACCACCGAAUGAGCUAAGGAUUCUCGUUAUAUAUAGUUUAUGGAGAAGGAAGUGCAGACAUAAAGAGGUGAAUUAUCUUACCCAGAUCGCACAGCUGAUAAGUGGUGGAGGCAGAAUAGAAUCUAAACAGUGUGGCUCCGGAGCCCACAUGCAUUGAUUCGACAAGUGUUUAUUGAGCACCUGCCACGGACAAGGCCUUGUGUGAUGAAAUAGGGUUAUAAUUAGUAAUAUAAAAAUGAGAAAUCACUAAUGCUUUUUAGACUUAACAUUUUCUUUUUUUGUAGGUUUCAGGCACAGAACUGUAUAUCCAAUAAUAGUGAAAUGGAUCCCACUAAUUAUGACCGAAAUGAUGAUACAUUUAAAUGACUUGGAUGUUUUAUAGGUAUGAUCUCGUGAAACCUUGAGAGAAACUGAAUGACGAAUGAAACUGUUGUUCCUGUUUCACACAGAAGAAAACUGAGGUUAAAAGGGGUUGGCACUCAUCAUGAGCCCCUGUUCUCAUUCUGCAAAUGGUGAAGCUCUCUAUUGUCCUGACCCCACAGUUCCUGUCCCAUGACCAGGGCCAGCUCACCAAGGAGCUGCAGCAGCACGUAAAGUCAGUGACAUGCCCAUGCGAGUACCUGAGGAAGGUUAUCAAUACUCUGGCUGACCAUCAUCAUCGUGGGACUGACUUUGGUGGAAGUCCUUGGUUAGAUAUCAUUAUUGAAUUUCCGAGAAGUUAUAAAGUUGUCAUUAUCCUCUGGACAGUUUACCUUUGGUUGUCUUUCCUGAAGACUAUCUUCCAGUCUGAAAAUGGACAUGAUGGAUCCACAGAUGUACUGCAGAGAGCCUGGAGGUCCAACCGCCGUAGACAGGAAGGGCUGAGGUCCAUUUGUAUGCACACAAAGAAAAGAGUUUCUUCCUUUCCAGGAAAUAAAAUUGGCCGGAAGGACGUCAUUACUCUGUGGAGACAUGUGAAAACAAAAGUUAGAGCUAAAAUCCGUAAGAUGAAGGUGACAACGAAAAUCAACCAUCAUGACAAAAUCAAUGGAAAGAGGAAGACCACCAAAAAACAGAAAAUGUUUCAACGUGCGCAAGAGUUGCGGCGGCGGGCAGAGGACUACCACAAACGCAAAAUCCCCCCUUCUGCAAGAAAGCCUCUUUGCAACUGGGUCAGAAUGGCGGCAGCGGAGCAUCGUCAUUCUUCAGGAUUGCCCCACUGGCCCUACCUCACAGCUGAAACUUUAAAAAACAGGAUGGGCCACCAGCCACCUCCUCCAACUCAACAACAUUCUAUAACUGAUAACUCCCUGAGCCUCAAGACACGUGCCGAGUGUCUGGUCUAUCCCCUUCCACCCUCAGCGGAUGAUAAUCUCACGACGCCUCCCGAGUGUUUCCUCACUCCUCUUCCACCCUCAGCUCCACCCUCAGCUCCACCCUCAGCGGAUGAUAAUCUCAAGACACCUCCCUUAGCUACUCAGGAGGCUGAGGCAGAAAAACCACCCAAACCCGAGAGACAGAGGGCCGCUGACGUGGAACCACCACCGAAACCCGAGAGGCGGAGGGCCGGUGACGUGCAACCAUCACGGAAACCCGAGAGGCGGAGGGCCGCUGACGUGCAACCAUCACGGAAACCCGAGAGGCGGAGGGCCGCUGACGUGCAACCAUCACGGAAACCCGAGAGGCGGAGGGCCGCUGACGUGCAACCAUCACGGAAACCCGAGAGGCGGAGGGCCGCUGACGUCGAACCAGCACCGAAACCCGAGAGGCGGAGGGCCGCAGUGGAUGAUAAGACACCUGCCGAGUUUCUGGUCUAUCCUCUUCCACCCUCAGCGGAUGAUAAUCUCGAAACGCCUCUCGAGUGUCUCCUCACUCCUCUUCCACCCUCACCUCCAUCCUCAGCGGAUGAUAAGACACCUGCCGAGUUUCUGGUCUAUCCCCUUCCACCCUCAGCGGAUGAUGAUCUCGAAAUGCCUCUCGAGUGUCUCCUCACUCCUCUUCCACCCUCACCUCCAUCCUCAGCUCCACCCUCAGCGGAUGAUGAUCUCGAAAUGCCUCUCGAGUGUCUCCUCACUCCUCUUCCACCCUCACCUCCAUCCUCAGCUCCACCCUCAGCGGAUGAUGAUCUCGAAAUGCCUCUCGAGUGUCUCCUCACUCCUCUUCCACCCUCACCUCCAUCCUCAGCUCCACCCUCAGCGGAUGAUGAUCUCGAAAUGCCUCUCGAGUGUCUCCUCACUCCUCUUGCACCCUCACCUCCAUCCUCAGCUCCACCCUCAGCGGAUGAUGAGACACCUGCCGAGUUUGUGGUCUAUCCCCUUCCACCCUCAGCGGAUGAUGAUCUCGAAAUGCCUCUCGAGUGUCUCCUCACUCCUCUUCCACCCUCACCUCCAUCCUCAGCUCCACCCUCAGCGGAUGAUGAUCUCGAAAUGCCUCUCGAGUGUCUCCUCACUCCUCUUCCACCCUCACCUCCAUCCUCAGCUCCACCCUCAGCGGAUGAUGAUCUCGAAAUGCCUCUCGAGUGUCUCCUCACUCCUCUUCCACCCUCACCUCCAUCCUCAGCUCCACCCUCAGCGGAUGAUGAUAUCGAAAUGCCUCUCGAGUGUCUCCUCACUCCUCUUCCACCCUCACCUCCAUCCUCAGCUCCACCCUCAGCGGAUGAUGAGACACUUGCCGAGUUUGUGGUAUAUCUCCUUCCACCCUCAGCGGAUGAUGAUCUCGAAACGCCUCUCGAGUGUCUCCUCACUCCUCUUGCACCCUCACCUCCAUCCUCAGCUCCACCCUCAGCGGAUGAUGAGACACCUGCCGAGUUUGUGGUCUAUCCCCUUCCACCCUCAGCGGAUGAUGAUCUCGAAAUGCCUCUCGAGUGUCUCCUCACUCCUCUUCCACCCUCACCUCCAUCCUCAGCUCCACCCUCAGCGGAUGAUGAUCUCGAAAUGCCUCUCGAGUGUCUCCUCACUCCUCUUCCACCCUCACCUCCAUCCUCAGCUCCACCCUCAGCGGAUGAUGAUCUCGAAAUGCCUCUCGAGUGUCUCCUCACUCCUCUUCCACCCUCACCUCCAUCCUCAGCUCCACCCUCAGCGGAUGAUGAUCUCGAAAUGCCUCUCGAGUGUCUCCUCACUCCUCUUCCACCCUCACCUCCAUCCUCAGCUCCACCCUCAGCGGAUGAUGAUCUCGAAAUGCCUCUCGAGUGUCUCCUCACUCCUCUUCCACCCUCACCUCCAUCCUCAGCUCCACCCUCAGCGGAUGAUGGGACACUUGCCGAGUUUGUGGCAUAUCUCCUUCCACCCUCAGCGGAUGAUGAUCUCGAAAUGCCUCUCGAGUGUCUCCUCACUCCUCUUCCACCCUCACCUCCAUCCUCAGCUCCACCCUCAGCGGAUGAUGAGACACCUGCCGAGUUUGUGGUCUAUCCCCUUCCACCCUCAGCGGAUGAUAAUCUCGAAACGCCUCUCGAGUGUCUCCUCACUCCUCUUCCACCCUCACCUCCAUCCUCAGCAGAUGAUAAGACACCUGCCGAGUUUCUGGUCUAUCCCCUUCCACCCUCAGCGGAUGAUGAUCUCGAAAUGCCUCUCGAGUGUCUCCUCACUCCUCUUCCACCCUCACCUCCAUCCUCAGCUCCACCCUCAGCGGAUGAUGAGACACCUGCCGAGUUUGUGGUCUAUCCCCUUCCACCCUCAGCGGAUGAUGAUCUCGAAAUGCCUCUCGAGUGUCUCCUCACUCCUCUUCCACCCUCACCUCCAUCCUCAGCUCCACCCUCAGCGGAUGAUGAGACACUUGCCGAGUUUGUGGUCUAUCUCCUUCCACCCUCAGCGGAUGAUGAUCUCGAAACGCCUCUCGAGUGUCUCCUCACUCCUCUUCCACCCUCAUCUCCAUCCUCAGCUCCACCCUCAGUGGAUGAUAAGACACCUGACGAGUUUGUGGUCUAUCCCCUUCCACCCUCAGUGGAUGAUAAUCUCGAAACGCCUCUCGAGUGUCUCCUCACUCCUCUUCCACCCUCAGCUCCACCCUCAGCUCCACCCUCAGUGGAUGAUAAUCUCAAGACACCUCCCUUAGCUACUCAGGAGGCUGAGGCAGAAAAACCACUGAAACCCGAGAGGCGGAGCGGCGCUGACGCGCAGCCAUCACGGAAACCCGAGAGGCGGAGGGCCGCUGACCUGGAAUCACCACCGAAACCCGAGAGGCGGAGCACCGCUGACGUGCAACCAUCACCGAAACCCGAGAGGCGGAGCACCGCUGACGCGCAGCCAUCACCGAAACCCGAGAGGCGGAGCGCCGCUGACCUGGAAUCACCACCGAAACCCGAGAGGCGGAGCGCCGCUGACGCGCAGCCGUCGCCAAAACCCGAGAGGCGGAGCGCCGCUGACGCGCAGCCGUCGCCGAAACCCGAGAGGCGGAGCGCCGCUGAGGCGCAGCCGUCGCCGAAACCCGAGAGGCGGAGCGCCGCUGAGGCGCAGCCGUCGCCGAAACCUGAGAGGCGGAGCGCCGCUGACCUGGAAUCACCACCGAAACCCGAGAGGCGGAGCGCCGCUGAGGCGCAGCCGUCGCCGAGACCCGAGAGGCGGAGCGCUGCUGACCUGGAAUCACCACCGAAACCCGAGAGGCGGAGCGCCGCUGACCUGGAAUCACCAUCGAAACCCGAGAGGCGGAGGGCCGCUGACGCGCAAGCAUCACCGAAACCCGAGAGGCGGAGCGCCGCUGACGCGCAGCCAUCACCGAAACCUGAGAGGCGGAGCGCUGCUGACCUGGAAUCACCACCGAAACCCGAGAGGCGGAGCGCCGCUGAUGCGCAGCCGUCGCCGAAACCCGAGAGGCGGAGCGCCGCUGAGGCGCAGCCGUCGCCGAAACCCGAGAGGCGGAGCGCCGCUGAGGCGCAGCCGUCGCCGAAACCCGAGAGGCGGAGCGCCGCUGAGGCGCAGCCGUCGCCGAAACCCGAGAGGCGGAGCGCCGCUGAGGCGCAGCCGUCGCCGAAACCCGAGAGGCGGAGCGCCGCUGAGGCGCAGCCGUCGCCGAAACCCGAGAGGCGGAGCGCCGCUGAGGCGCAGCCAUCGCCGAAACCUGAGAGGCGGAGCGCCGCUGACCUGGAAUCACCACCGAAACCCGAGAGGCGGAGCGCCGCUGAGGCGCAGCCGUCGCCGAGACCCGAGAGGCGGAGCGCCUCUGACGCGCAGCCGUCGCCGAAACCCGAGAGGUGGAGCGCCGCUGACACGCAGCCAUCACCGAAACCUGAGAGGCGGAGGGCCGCUGACCUGGAAUCACCACCAAAACCCGAGAGGCGGAGCGCCGCUGACGCACAACCAUCACCGAAACCCGAGAGGCGUAGGGCUGCUGACGCGCAACCAUCACCGAAACCCGAGAGGCAGAGGGCCGCUGACCUGGAAUCACCACCGAAACCCGAGAGGCGGAGCGCCGCUGACGCGCAACCAUCACCGAAACCCGAGAGGCGGAGGACCGCUGACCUGGAAUCACCACUGAAACCCGAGAGGCGGAGGGCCGCUGACCUGGAAUCACCACCGAAACCCGAGAGGCGGAGCGCCGCUGUCGCGCAACCAUCACCGAAACCCGAGAGGCAGAGCGCCGCUGACGCGCAGCCGUCGCCGAAACCCGAGAGGCGGAGCGCCGCUGAGGCGCAGCCGUCGCCGAAACCUGAGAGGCAGAGCGCCGCUCACCUGGAAUCACCACCGAAACCCGAGAGGCGGAGCGCCGCUGAGGCGCAGCCGUCGCCGAAACCCGAGAGGCGGAGUGCUGCUGACCUGGAAUCACCACCGAAACCCGAGAGGCGGAGGGCCGCUGACGCGCAAGCAUCACCGAAACCCGAGAGGCGGAGCGCCUCUGACGUGCAGCCGUCGCCGAAACCCGAGAGGCGGAGGGCCGCUGACCUGGAAUCACCACCGAAACCCGAGAGGUGGAGCGCCGCUGACGCGCAGCCAUCACCGAAACCUGAGAGGCAGAGCGCCGCUGACGCGCAGCCAUCACUGAAACCCGAGAGGCGGAGUGCCGCUGACGCGCAGCCGUCGCCGAAACCCGAGAUGCGGAGCGCCGCUGAGGCGCAGCCGUCGCCGAAACCCGAGAGGCGGAGCGCCGCUGAGGCGCAGCCGUCGACGAAACCCAAGAGGCGGAGCGCCGCUGAGGCGCAGCCGUCGCCGAAACCUGAGAGGCGGAGCGCCGCUGACCUGGAAUCACCACCGAAACCCGAGAGGUGGAGCGCCGCUGACGCGCAGCCAUCACCGAAACCUGAGAGGCAGAGCGCCGCUGACGCGCAGCCAUCACUGAAACCCGAGAGGCGGAGUGCCGCUGACGCGCAGCCGUCGCCGAAACCCGAGAUGCGGAGCGCCGCUGAGGCGCAGCCGUCGCCGAAACCCGAGAGGCGGAGCGCCGCUGAGGCGCAGCCGUCGCCGAAACCCGAGAGGCGGAGCGCCGCUGAGGCGCAGCCGUCGCCGAAACCUGAGAGGCGGAGCGCCGCUGACCUGGAAUCACCACCGAAACCCGAGAGGCGGAGCGCCGCUGAGGCGCAGCCGUCGCCGAAACCCGAGAGGCGGAGCGCUGCUGACCUGGAAUCACCACUGAAACCCGAGAGGCGGAGCACCGCUGACCUGGAAUCACCAUCGAAACCCGAGAGGCGGAGCGCCGCUGAGGCGCAGCCGUCGCCGAAACCUGAGAGGCGGAGCGCCGCUGACCUGGAAUCACCACCGAAACCCGAGAGGCGGAGCGCCGCUGAGGCGCAGCCGUCGCCGAAACCCGAGAGGCGGAGCGCUGCUGACCUGGAAUCACCACUGAAACCCGAGAGGCGGAGCACCGCUGACCUGGAAUCACCAUCGAAACCCGAGAGGCGGAGGGCCGCUGACGCGCAAGCAUCACCAAAACCCGAGAGGCGUAGGGCUGCUGACGCGCAACCAUCACCGAAACCCGAGAGGCAGAGGGCCGCUGACCUGGAAUCACCACCAAAACCCGAGAGGCGGAGCGCCGCUGACGCGCAACCAUCACCGAAACCCGAGAGGCGGAGGACCGCUGACCUGGAAUCACCACUGAAACCCGAGAGGCGGAGGGCCGCUGACCUGGAAUCACCACCGAAACCUGAGAGGCGGAGCGCUGCUGACGCGCAACCAUCACCGAAACCCGAGAGGCAGAGCGCCGCUGACGCGCAGCCAUCACCGAAACCCGAGAGGCGGAGUGCCGCUGACGCGCAGCCAUCACCGAAACCUGAGAGGCGGAAGGCUGCUGACCUGGAAUCACCACCGAAACCCGAGAGGUGGAGGGCCGCUGACAGGGAACGGCCACGCAAACCCCCACGCAAACCCAAGAGGUGGAGGGCCGCUGACAGGGAACGGCCACGCAAACCCCCACGCAAACCCAAGAGGCGGAGCGCCGCUGAGGCGCAGCCGUCGCCGAAACCCGAGAGGCGGAGCGCCACUGACGCGGAAUCUCCACGCAAACCCAAGAGGCGGAGGGCCGCUGACGUGAAACCAUCAUCACCCGAACCCAAGAGGCGGAGGGUCACUGACGUGGAACCGCCACACAAACCCAAGAGGCGGAGGGCUGCUGACGUGGGACGGCCACGCAAACCCCCACGCAAACCCAAGAGGCGGAGCGCCGCUAAGGCGCAGCCGCCGCCGAAACCCGAGAGGCGGAGCGCCGCUGACCCGCAGCCGCCGCCGAAACCCGAGAGGCGGAGCGCCGCUGACGCGCAGCCGUCGCCGAAACCCGAGAGGCGGAGCGCCGCUGAGGCGCAGCCGUCGCCGAAACCCGAGAGGCGGAGCGCCGCUGACCUGGAAUCACCACCGAAACCCGAGAGGCGGAGCGCCGCUGACGCGCAGCCGUCGCCGAAACCCGAGAGGCGGAGCGCCGCUGACGCGCAGCCUUCGCCGAAACCCGAGAGGCGGAGCGCCGCUGACGCGCAGCCGUCGCCAAAACCCGAGAGGCGGAGCGCCGCUGACCUGCAGCCGUCGCCGAAACCCGAGAGGCGGAGCGCCGCUGACGCGCAGCCGUCGCCGAAACCCGAGAGGCGGAGCGCCGCUGACGCGCAGCCUUCGCCGAAACCUGAGAGGCGGAGCGCUGCUGAGCUGGAGUCACCACCGAAACCCGAGAGGCGGAGCGCCGCUGACGCGCAGCCGUCGCCGAAACCCGAGAGGCGGAGCGCCGCUGAGGCGCAGCCGUCGCCGAAACCCGAGAGGCGGAGUGCCGCUGAGGCGCAGCCGUCGCCGAAACCUGAGAGGCGGAGCGCCGCUGACCUGGAAUCACCACCGAAACCUGAGACGCGGAGCGCCGCUGACCUGGAAUCACCACCGAAACCCGAGACGCGGAGCACCGCUGACGCGCAGCCAUCAUCGAAACCUGAGAGGCGGAGCGCCGCUGACCUGGAAUCACCACCGAAACCCGAGAGGCAGAGCGCUGCUGACGCGCAGCCGUCGCCGAAAUCUGAGAGGCGGAGCGCCGCUGACGCGCAGCCGUCGCCGAAACCCGAGAGGCGGAGCGCCGCUGACGCGGAACCGCCUCGCAAACCCAAGAGGCGGAGGGCAGCUGACAUUGAACCAUCAUCACCCGAACCCAAGAGGCGGAGGGUCGGUGACGUGGAACUGCCACGCAAACCCAAGAGGCCGAGGGCUGCCGACGUGGAACCAUCAUUACCUGAACCCAAGAGGCGGAGAGUCGGUGACGUGGAACUGCCACGCAAACGCAAGAGGCCGCAGGCCGCCGACGUGGAACCAUCAUUACCCGAACCCAAGAGGCGGAGGGUCGGUGACGUGCAACCAUCAUCACCCGGACGCAAGAGGCGGAGGUUGAAUUAGCUGAGAACAGGCCAUUGCACUCAAGCCUGAGCAGUAAAAAUAAAACUGAGUAGAACAAAAUAAAAAGAUCAAAAAACAAAACCCACACUCCAAAAACAAAGAAUAAAUAAAUAAUAUAAAAAUAAAAUAAAUACUGCAGUCCUUA